CCAGUGCUACAGGAUGUGAUCAGUGUAACCGGAAAGUCAGUCAUGGCCAGGCUAGGGCUGGCACUCUCUCUCCUACUGCUGUCCUCGCUGUCGCUGCAGGCCUCCUCACUGUCACAGCUGGACGACACAGAGGGCAAGGCCACCCUCGCAGGCCUGAUCCUGUCUGCACUGGAGAGAGCUACCACAUUCCUGGAAGAGCGGCUGCCUGAAAUCAACCUGGAUGGGGUGGUGGGGUUUCAGGUGCUGGAAGUGCAGCUCCGAGGUGCACAGGAGGUGUGGGCGUUGGACCCGCUGCUGCAACCACUGAGUCUGCGUACUGGGCAACUGGCUGACAAGCUGGCCCCUCUCCUCCACAGAUCCAUCACCUACCUGAAUCUCAGUGAUCCUGAUUACCUAAGAGAGUUCCAGCCAAGCCUGCAGCCCGGGUUUUGGAAGCUGCCCCACACCUGGACCCACACCAACACCUCCCUAGUCUAUCCCUGGCCUGAGCUCCAGGACUCUUUCUCAGAGGACAGCAGCGAUGCGUGCCUGGUACUGCUGUUGGGAACAGGGAACACCAGCAGCCAGCCUUGUGGGCUCUCAGACUUCUGCAGAACGCUCAUGACCAAGCCUGGCUGCUCCGGUUAUUGCCUGUCCCACCAGCUGCUUUUCUUCCUCUGGGCCAGAAUGAAAGGAUGCGUGCAGGGACUGUUCAGCCAGAGCCAGCACUACAUCAGCGUCUUCUGUGCCAACAUGAUGGACCUGAACCGGAAUGCUGAGGCCAUCAGAUAUGCCUCCCCCAUCCAGGACCUGUUCAUGGAAAACAUCAUGUUCUGUGGCAUUGCUGGCUUCUCUGACUUCUACAAGCUCCGGUGGCUGGAGGCCAUUCUCAGCUGGCAGAAGCCACAAGAAGGAUGCUUCGGAGUGCCUGCUGCUGGGGGUGAAGUGAGACCUGCAGGCCCUCUGUACCAACAGCAUGUUCUCAGAAGAGUCAAGAGGCGAGAAAAACAAUUCACAGGUGAGAUGGCUUGUUUUGAAGACGGGGCUGAAGUUGCCAAGUCAGCACUCACCAGGUUCUCUCCCCUCCAGAUGGCUGUUCCAGCCACAGCACCGCCACAGCAGUUGCAGCCCUGGGUGGCUUCCUUUACCUCCUGGCAGAUCAGCCGCUGGUGCACGAGAGCGUCGUCCGUCCACACCAUCACGUGGCUCCAUGACUGCUUCCCCUUUAGAUCUUUUUCUGUAGCAUAAAAUGCCUCCUCAGCCAGCAUACUUCAGUUUCUUAGUUGCCCAGCUCAUAGUUCAGGUUAGUUCCUGUUACUUUUGUUUCUUAGAAAUUGCUGGUCCCUCUGAUGCAUUCCUGGUCACUAGGAUGCUCAUUGUAUAAACCAAUCCUCAAUUGAGAAGCCAUUCUGCCUCUGUACUUCCUGCUUGUUUAUCCAAUGUAAGCCCUAGACCACCAGAGAUCAGGGCCUGAUAUUUUGGGAGUGAUCCUGAUCAGUGCCCAUCGACAUAAACAAAUCUGCCCCCAAA